AAAAUUUCGAGAGGAAUCGGCACGGAGAAUCGAAUCGCGAGACAGGCAAUCGUCAUUAGUGAGUAGGAGAUCGCUAGAAUUCCCAACCUUCAAUCCCAAUCUCACGGGACACACUUGGAAAUCAGCUGAUGACGUAACACACGACGAGCGAAAGAAGAAAAGGUACGAAAAGGACAUCGAGUAUCGGUACAGGAUGAGCGUUGAUGCAUACGGACCUAGCAGUCAGACCCUCACAUUCCUCGACACAGAGGAAGCUGAUUUAAUUGGUGCGGAUACACAGGGUAGCGAAUUUGAUUUCACCGAUUUCACGUUACCCUCACCGAGUCAAACUCAGGCUUCGCAACACGAUGCUGCCCAAAGUCAACCUAGCCAACCAGUACAGGUUAAUGGAACAAGUGGUAGUUCAUCUUUAGAUUUGAAAAUUUCUGGAGCAGCACAAAGUCUUGCAGAAUUACAAUUUGAAGAAGAAGAAGAGGAAGCAUACUACAAUCGUGAUUUACCAGAGCAUGCAUGUAAAUAUUGUGGUAUUCAUGAAGCAUCUUGUGUUGUUAUGUGUAAUGUUUGUCGUAAGUGGUUUUGUAAUGGACGUGGAAAUACAUCUGGUUCUCACAUUAUCAACCACCUUGUACGAGCUAAACAUAAGGAAGUUACUUUACACAGAGAUGGUCCAUUGGGAGAAACUGUUCUGGAAUGUUAUUCAUGCGCUGUUAGGAAUGUUUUUGUUCUUGGUUUCAUUCCUGCAAAAGCAGAUUCGGUUGUUGUAUUACUCUGUCGCCAACCAUGUGCUGCUCAAAGUUCUUUAAAGGAUAUGAAUUGGGAUCAAGAACAAUGGAAGCCUUUAAUUGAAGACCGCUCCUUUUUAGCUUGGUUAGUAAAAAUCCCAUCAGAACAGGAGCAACUCCGUGCCAGACAAAUCUCUGCCCAACAAAUCAAUAAGUUGGAAGAAUUAUGGCGGGACAAUGUUGAUGCAACCUUCCAAGACCUUGAAAAACCGGGAGUAGACGAAGAACCGCAACAAGUACUUUUGCGGUACGAAGAUGGAUACCAAUACCAGAACAUAUUUGGUCCCCUUGUAAAAUUAGAAGCUGAUUAUGAUAAACGUUUAAAAGAAUCUCAAACGCAAGAGAAUAUUGAAGUUCGUUGGGAUGUUGGAUUAAACAAAAAGACGAUCGCCUAUUUUAUGUUAGCAAAAACGGACGGUGAUAUGAAAUUAAUGCAUGGAGACGAACUGAGACUUCGCUAUUUAGGUGAACUUCACAAACCUUGGUCUGGAAUUGGACAUGUAAUUAAAAUUCCUGACAAUUAUGGAGAAGAAGUCGGGAUUGAAUUAAAAAAUAAUUCUGGUGCUCCGACGGAAUGUGUUAGUAACUUCGUCGUCGAUUUUAUUUGGAAGAGUACAAGUUUUGAUCGCAUGCAAUUAGCGUUGCGAAAAUUUGCUGUGGAUGACACUUCCGUAUCUGGUUACAUAUACCACAGAUUAUUAGGACAUGAAGUAGAAGAAGUUCUUUUUCGUUGCCAUCUGCCCAAACACUUCAGUGCCCCAAAUUUACCAGAUUUAAAUCGUUCCCAAGUGUAUGCUGUGAAACACGCCGUACAGAGACCCUUGUCUUUGAUACAAGGGCCACCUGGUACAGGGAAAACCGUGACCAGCGCAACGAUAGUUUACCAACUGGUAAAACAAAACGGCGGUCCUGUAUUAGUAUGUGCUCCUUCCAAUACAGCCGUAGAUCAACUCACAGAAAAAAUACAUAAAUCUAAUUUAAAAGUUGUACGACUUUGUGCAAAAUCACGAGAAGCAAUCGAUUCGCCAGUGAGUUUCCUUGCUCUUCACAAUCAAAUCAAAAACAUGGAAACAAAUACAGAAUUACAAAAAUUACAACAACUAAAGGAUGAGACUGGAGAGUUGUCUAGCGUUGAUGAAAAACGUUAUAGGUUACUAAAAAAAGCAGCAGAAAAAGAAUUAUUAGAGGCAGCCGACGUGAUUUGUUGUACCUGUGUUGGAGCUGGUGAUCCAAGGCUACACAGGCUUAAAUUCCAUUCGAUUCUUAUUGAUGAGAGUAUGCAAGCAACUGAACCUGAAUGCAUGGUGCCAGUUGUUCUUGGAGCAAAGCAAUUAAUCCUUGUUGGUGAUCACUGUCAGUUAGGACCAGUAGUUAUGUGCAAAAAGGCUGCCAGAGCAGGUUUAUCGCAGUCCCUUUUUGAAAGAUUAGUUGUACUUGGAAUUAGACCUUUUAGAUUAGAAGUUCAAUAUCGUAUGCACCCGGAUCUUUCACGAUUUCCAUCAAACUUUUUCUACGAGGGUUCUUUACAGAACGGUGUAUGCGCAGACGAAAGGAAAUUAUUGAAAAUUGACUUUCCUUGGCCAGCACCCGAUAAACCUAUGUUCUUCUAUGUUACCCAAGGUCAAGAAGAAAUUGCUGGAAGUGGUACGUCCUAUUUGAAUCGAACAGAAGCAUCAAAUGUUGAAAAAAUAGCGACAAGAUUUUUACGUUGUGGAGUGAAGCCCGAACAAAUAGGAGUAAUAACACCAUAUGAAGGACAAAGAGCCUAUUUGGUUCAAUACAUGCAAUAUCAGGGGUCUCUGCACUCGAAACUUUAUCAGGAGAUUGAGGUUGCCAGCGUAGAUGCAUUUCAAGGCAGAGAGAAAGAUAUAAUAAUUAUGUCUUGCGUCCGUUCAAACGAACAUCAAGGUAUUGGAUUUCUGAAUGACCCACGAAGAUUGAAUGUGGCGUUAACUCGCGCAAAGUACGGAAUCAUAAUCGUAGGGAAUCCGAAGGUAUUAUCAAAGCAACCAUUAUGGAACCAUUUAUUGAGUUUCUAUAAAGAACAGAAAGUUCUUGUAGAAGGACCUCUAAACAAUUUAAAAGAAUCCAUGAUUCAAUUCGCCAAACCAAAGAAACUUGUUAAUGCUGCGAAUCCAGGCUCUCAUUUCAUGUCCACGUCGAUGUACGACGCGAGAGAAGCUCUCAUUCCGGGUUCAGUUUACGAUCGAUCAGGUACUCAGGUUAAUGGUACGCAAAAUCAUAAUCCUUACUACCAAAGGAACGUACCUUUAGAUAUCUUCAGUAGGACCCACGAUACCAUUAGCUACAUUAGUCCAGAAAGAGCUCAAGCAGCAAUGAAUAAUGUACCAGUUCCAGUAGGAAUGUUUAUGAAUAUGGCGCACGUACCACCACGAUUCUAUAAUCAGCACCAACAGGCGCUACAGGCCAGACAAAAUCAACGUAAUCGCCGAGGAACGGCUUUAUCAAAGAACAAACAGGGUCCACGAAUGGGUAAACUAAGUCAAACGGAACAGAAUACCCAGCCAUAUAGCCAACCAGGGCUACCAUUAACUCAAGGCACGACGCAGGGAAUGUCGCAACCAGGUUUUAGUCUUUCUCAGCCUGGACUGAGUCAAGCAGAGCUCUCUCAAGAUUCGUUUGCUGUCGGAGAAUUUCAGUCACAGAUGGACGGAUUAUUAUCACAAGAUUCAACUUAUCAGGGUGAUCGAAGUGGUUUUUACCAAUCCGGACAGUCACAAGCCGGGGGACAGUUCUCCCAGCCAUAUUGAGCCGAGACCGUACGGCUGAGCAACGCAAUUGCUAUGCAGCGUCGCGGGAGCGACUGAAGGCUCGUUCGACCAAUUCUUCUUCGACCAACAACCACAAAUCACUAACUGCGCAAAACGGUAAAACGGCUCGGCGAUCGAGUACGAUAUAUGCACACGCAGUCGUCGGCGUUUUAAAAGAGGGUUUUAAAACAAACAAGCAAACAAAAAAAAUACUACAAACGGGGGAGUUCGUCGCCAUUUACCGUCGAAAUGCUAAACUGUUCUAGACGGGGAAAGGAAAUGGUUAAAGAGUAAAACCACCGGGCAUAACAAGUGCGACAAGCCAAUAAAAAAUUUCAAAAAAUAAAAAAAAAAAAAAUAAAAAAUAAAAAAGGGAAAUAAGACUGGGAGACGACAUUAUCACAAAAAUUACCAUCUGUCACUGUGACACGCGCUUACCGUGAACGUACCGAGUGAAGUUAGAGUUACACACAGCAAAUCAAAACAAAAUGCAUAAAAAUACCAAAAAUGAGGAAUAUAAUAACAAUAAAGAAGAAAAAAAAAGGAAGAUAUGGGACGUGUAACACUUGAUGACUUGACCAAAUUCAAUGUAACGUAUUAAUUAAAAUAUAUAACUAUUGAAUGAAUCUGUGAUCGACAAACUAAAAAAACGGGGGGAAACGUAUUGCAAUAUUGUGAAUAUUUAAUUCACUGUCAACAAAGUAAACAAAAGAUAAAAAGAGGGAUUGAAAAACAUUGUAUUGGGUUUGAUAAUGCGUUACGUGUCGUUUUCGACUUUUCUUUUAAAAGGCGUGGAAUAAACUAUUACUGCCGAGAAAAACGAAGACAAAGAGACGAACUACAUCUCUGUAGAGAUUUAACGGGAUCGUGGAGAUCAUAUCUUUUGGUGAUUCAUGCACAUCUCUUUCGAUUAUGUAAAUUGUGAAAGUAAACUGCAAUAAAAAGUACGAUUCUUGCAACGCGUGAACACACGACAACGUCAAUAACAAGAAAAUAAUAAUACAACGAUCAUCGUCAUCGAUUUGUUCUUGAACCGACAGAAUAUCAUCAUCUGUCAGACGUUGCCGAUCGAAUUGUCGUCAACCAGUAUGAGGCCGACACUUGAGUAUCAAGAAGGAGGAAUCCUUUCUCAUAAGCUUGGCGUAAUGUUGAUAUUACGUUAAUCAAUAAGGAAUCCUAUUAAUUUUGAUCAUGUUAAUUAGUUUCUAUCUUUUCUGGUUAGACCGGUAUAUAUAUUGUAUAUAUUUUAUUUACCGCAGGGGUCGACAGAGCGCGCAGAAUGAAAAAAAAAAAAAAAA